AUGGCAGACCGCGAGGGAGUACCGGCGUCCGGCCUCUUUACACUUGGGUUGGCUACCCGCGUCAUCGCGUUAAUGGGCGCCCAUGCUAAUUUAAGCUUGGACAAUCAGCCCGCUAACGAGGAUCUCCGUGGACAAGCUAUCCAGUUGUUUCGAGAAGGGAUCGACGAGCUUCGCGCCGAUAUCGCCAAUGCCGAGCCGGCUCCCGAAGAGCCCGAUGCUGAGCCCGCAGCCGAGCCCAUUGAUGCUAUCUCCUUAAGCCUUUACAACUCCCUAUUAAUGCCCUUAAAAAGCAUAAGGCAAUAUGGGGCGACAAGAUCCUCCCUUCUUUGGAUCGUAACGAGAUGGAAAAGCGGUUUAAUUCCGUAG